AUGCUAAUAUUGAAGAAAACAUUUAAUUACUUAAUUGUUAAUAAACCAUCGGGGAUAAUAUGUGAUACAAAAAGGAAUAAUAAUAUUAUACAAUUAAUCAUAGAAGAUUUAAAAAAGGAUUUACCCUUCGUAAGUUCUUCACAAUUUAGAAUUGUUCAAAGAUUGGAUAAAUAUGUUACUGGAGGUUUAAUUAUAGCUAGAAAUGGUAAAUUUGCCAAAAAAUUGAAUAUUGAUAAGGAUUUGGUGCUAAAGAAAUAUGUUGGUUUAAUUGGAUAUCAAAAUGAAUUAAAAUCAAAAGUUAAAAUGGUUGACAAUUUCGGAAUCAUUGAAAAUGACGUAGUAGCAUAUAAUGAAAGAUCUAAAUUGAUGCAAAAUUAUAAUGCAAAAACUCAUUUUAAAUUACUACCACAUAUGAAAACUAAAUCAUUAGGUAAAAAUGUCAUACCAAUAAUAAUUCAGAUUGAAACAGGUAGGAAGAAUCAAAUUAGAGAUCAUAUAUAUCAAAAUUUUACAACUACAUUAUUAAAUGAUGAUAAAUUUCCAUUAUUCAAGACAAUUACAUCAAAUGAUAAUUCUAUUAAUUUGAAUUCGGAGAUUUUUAAAAGUAAUCAAAUUGGAUUACAUUGUGGAUAUUUGAAAAUGGGUAAUGAUGAGUAUACAUUCCCGUUGAUAGAUGAUGAUCAAGAAUUAUGGAGUAAUUACAUAACUGAAGAUGGCCAAUUAAUGGAAGAAAUUAAACAUGAAUUGAUAAAGUUUGAAGUUUAG